AUGGAUGAUCUCGACGGGAUAAAGGAAGAGAAGAACGGGCCCCGAAAUAAAAUCCUGAACCCCAAGGAGGAGGCUGCUCCAAAGGAUCAGAAUGAAAGGACAAGUGUUUACGAAGUAGAGAUUAUGAUCAUCCGACUCAUAGGGAGAAAAUGUCAUUCCGACCCCAGAGAUAACGGCCAAACUACUCCAGAGGGAGGAACCCCUGAGCACAGACCCAGGACGUCUUGGCCAUCUAAGAAAGAUUUCGUAUCGAAAAAAAUAGAAGAUAAGAUUCUCGAUGAGAAGGUUCCAAACCGAGGUGAACCACCGGCGUUUAGGUACGAGGACAAGAAAUACGGGCCUAACGCCGACCUCAAGGAAAACCCCCCCCCCCAAGAAGACAAAGACUGGGUUAAGGAAACACAGGAGGCCUCAACACAAACAAAUAACAGAGCAGAUCCCGUAACUGCUAACGAAGGCAAAAAAUCCCCAGAGGAGCCAGCCGCUUCAAAGAAGCAUGGAGGCUUAACUGAUCUGACAAGGACACGAGUCAUUAGAGAAGGUAGGAGGAUUAGUCAAGCCGCCGGAGGAGACGAGCCAACAAAACAGAAGGGAGGAUUGAAGAACCCAUAG